ACAAUGUCAACCGCGUUAGAGUCCCAGUUGCAGAAAGCAACUAAAGAGUACCAGAGGUUAGAGACUGACCUUUCGAAUGCUAUCGAAGCAAGGCAACGUCUCGAUGUCCAGCUCACCGAGAACGAACAAGUACAAAAGGAAUUCCUGUCAUUAACUAGCGAUAAUGAGGUGUUCAAGUUGAUUGGCCCUGUGCUUGUCAAGCAAGAUCAGGGUGAGGCGAAGUCGAAUGUGGAGAAGCGGUUGGAAUACAUCCGAAACGAAAUAUCGCGGUUGGAAGUCCAGCUAAAGGAUCUGAACUCUAAGCAGGAGAGGAAGCGCCUCGAGCUCGUCAAUCUGCAGGGACAGAUCGAGAGCAACCAACAUUCGACAAGUGGAGCGAUACCCGCACAGUAGAUCUUCUGGAAUAAUGGGGCACGGCUUUCCCAGCAGAUGGAGUUGAAUGUGUGUGUGAAUUGCGACCGGCUACACAACGGGUGAAGACCCCUCAACCGGCUCUCGCGGUUGUGCCUGCUCAAGGACCAUCCGUCGCUUCUCCUCUUGCUUCUUCUCCCACUCCUCCUUGGUCCGUGUCUGCUUCUCUUUCGCCUCCUCCAACAUCUGCUUCUUCGUGUCCGCCGCGCGGUCCUCCCGCGUCAUCGGGCCAAGCUUGAACCCUCUGUACAUCAUCGGCGGUCGCACGGCGCUUCCUUCGAUACGUUCUGCCCUGUGCUCGAUCCGCUCCACCUCGUAGUGUUUUCGCUUGCUGAGGCGUCGGGUAGAAGCUAUGCGAACAACAUCUUGUACGUUGCAGAUCUCUUUCUCAUCGUGAACGAGGAACUUUGUGUGUUUGAUGAUGUCCUUUCUGGUCAACUUGUCGACGGCUCGUCGUGGUACCAUGACCGUCACGGUUUUUUGCAUUGCUUUCGCCUUGGACACGACACCCCUCAUGAACAGAGGGAACUGGGCGACAAAUGAGGGAUGCAUGUCUGUUCGAGGCUUGUAUUCACAAUAGCAGUCGAGGAGGAGGAGAAGGAAAUCUAGUCAGGC